GAAUUGUUUCUUUUUUUUUGUUAUUCGUUUUAUUAUUUUAUUAGCUAUGAAGCUGGCACCGACAGUUAAAUUGAAUAAUGGAUACGAAAUGCCCGUUUUGGGCUUGGGAACGUACAAUUCCAAGAAUAAUGAAGGGGAAAUAGCGAUAAAACACGCGAUUGACAUUGGAUACCGGCAUAUCGACACCGCCUAUUUCUAUCAAAACGAGGCGGAGGUAGGCAAAGCUAUACGGGAUAAGAUAUCAGAGGGCGUAGUCAAGCGCGAGGACAUUUUCUUGGUUACAAAGCUCUGGAACAUUCAUCAUGAUCCCAAAUACGUUGAGACUGCAUGCCGCAAGCAGCUGUCCAACUUCGGCUUGGACUAUAUUGAUCUGUACUUGAUGCACAUGCCGGUUGGCUACAAGUAUGUCGACGAGGAAACGCUACUGCCCAAAGAUGAAGCAGGUCAGCUUCUGCUGAGCGACAUUGACUACCUGGAUACCUACAAGGCGAUGGAACAAUUAGUCAAAAGUGGCCUGGUGCGCAGCAUUGGAGUGUCGAAUUUCAACAGUGAACAACUGUUGCGUAUUAUCGAGAAUUGUGAAAUCAAGCCGGUGACCAAUCAAGUCGAGUGCUCGCCGGCAAUUAAUCAGAAGAAGUUGACGGCCUUCUGCAAGAAGUAUGAUGUAACCGUAACUGCAUACACGCCCCUGGGUAGACCAAAUCCGGAACAGCAGAAGCCCGACUUCCUCUACUCUGCCGAAGUGAAGGCCAUAGCUGAAAAAUACAAGAAGACAACUCCCCAAGUUGUGCUACGUUAUUUGGUGGAAUUAGGUGUACUACCCAUACCGAAAUCCUCAAAUGUUGGACGCAUUAGUGAGAACUUUGACAUUUUCGACUUUGAGCUGACGGCGGAGGAGAGAUGUGUACUGGAUGGCUAUAACACUGGCGAGCGAUAUGUGCCUUUGAAUUUGAUCAAGAGUCUCAAUCACAAGUACUAUCCAUUUGGCAUUGAGUUUUAAAGCAAAAAAAAAAAU